AUGUGCACUGGGAGCUGUGCCAAGUGCCUGGGGGGCACCCUUAUUCCCCUGGCAGUGUUGGGCUUCCUGGCUAACAUCCUGUUAUUUUUCCCUGGAGGGAAAGUGAUCGACAACAAUGACCACCUUUCCCAGGAGGUGUGGUAUUUUGGAGGAAUAUUAGGAAGCGGGAUCUUGAUGAUCUUUCCUGCCCUGGUGUUCUUGGGCUUGAAGAACAAUGACUGCUGCGGCUGCUGUGGCAAUGAAGGCUGCGGGAAACGAUUUGCGAUGUUCACCUCUACUAUAUUUGCUGUGAUUGGAUUCUUGGGUGCUUUAUACUCAUUUAGCAUAUCAGCGGUCUCAAUCAACAAAGGUCCUAAAUGUCUCAUAAGCAAUAACACAUGGGACUACCCCUUCAUCAAUGGGGAUUACCUUGAUAACAAAAUCUUAUGGCACAAGUGCCUACAGCCUGAAAACAUAGUUCCCUGGAACCUGACCCUCUUCUCCAUUCUGCUGAUCAUCGGAGGCGUGCAAAUGUUUCUCUGUGCCAUCCAGGUGGUCAAUGGUCUCCUGGGGACCCUGUGUGGAGACUGCCAAUGUUGUGGCUGCUGUGGGGGAGAUGGACCAGUUUAAAUCUCUAUGCUGAGCUGCCCUAACUUGACAACAUGUGGGAUGCUAUAUUAAACUUCUUUUUGUUGGGAUAUUAUUAAUUCCUAUCUGCUUCCUGAUGAAACUUCUUCUGCUAUCCAACAAGUUUAGCACAAAUAAGAAUUUUAUGUUAUUUAAAAAUAGUUUGGUCACUUGACAAAUUAGAUUUAUAAAUCUUUCAAAUUAGUUUCUUGUUAGAAUUGAAGAGCUGGUUCAAAGCAAGUUUUUCCUAAUUCUUAAAGCAUGAAAAGUAUAUAAAGUCAUGGGUAGUGCUAUAGAACUUCUUUGUAUAUAGAAAUGUUUAUAUAUUUUGAAGUUUUACAUAAUUCAGAAAAGGAAAACACAUUUAAAUUGAUACACUGAGGCCAUUUUUUUUUUG